GCUCAGUAAAUUCCUCAACAAAUUAAAAACAAAAUCUCAAAUCUGGCACAUGACGUGAACUUUAAAAAACUUAAAAAAAAAAAAGAAAAAAAAAAUUAAUUUAAUAAAUUUUAUGUUAAAAUCAACAAAAAAUACCAAAACAUGUUGAUGGCCUCCCGAUAUUCUAGGUGUUAUUGUCGAUUAAGACGCCAUGUACCAAAAGUAAGAAAUCAAUCAACAUAAUUCAUGUUGGAAAAUCACAAUUUAAUGAAGCAGUUGCUUUCAUGAAAAACAACUUUCUCGAUGAUCCAUUUCUUCGUGCCAUGGGUAUAUCUAUCCGCCAUAGUGAAACUCAACACUUUCUGUCAAAACUAUGGUUGACUCUUUUAAGAUCUGUCAUGUACAUAAUAUUUACAGGACUAUCAUUUUCAGCAGUAUACCGUCAAAAAAUCUGUGGAUUAUGCAUAAAUUGCCCCCGUAUUCAGCGGGGGUCACAUUUUUCACAUGACAACGAUACUUUACUUGAAUUGGCUAAAUUGACACAGGCAAAAAGUACUCGCAACUUGUUGCUAGCAUGGGAUAAAAUCGACCGAGGGGUUAUAUUCCCAAUAAGUAAAAAUAACGAAGUUGAUAAUGGUCGAGAAAUAAAAAUAUUAGAAUUGGCUGGUUGUACGGUUGAUCACUACUAUCGUCGAUUAGGAAUCGCGAGAAAAAUGAUUCAAAGCUCAGCAGACAUGGCGAUGUUAAUGGGAUUCGACUACAUUCGCAUUGAUUGUACGCAUGAAGCGACAGCAAAAAUUUGUAAUCAACUAGGCUGGCAAAAGAUUUGGGAAAUGCCAUUUCAAAUGUUUGAUGGUGUUGCUGAAAGUAAUUCUUUAGCAACGGAAAACAAAAGUUCAACUGUUCGGGUAUUUGUCAAAAGGGUGAAUUCAAAAUUAUAAAUUAUGUAACAAUUUGUAAAAUUGAAAGAAAAAAGAUGAAGUUCUCAUAAAAAUCCAUAAUAUCAAUAUUAA